AUGUCGGAUCCUGAGCGUUCUGCUGCGGCAUGUUCCUCCUCCCCGCCAACCGUACAGACUCCUGAAUCUUCUACUUUGAACUAUGCCUUCCUCGUGCACUCCCAGAAGACCCUCACCCAGAACCUUCCCCCGCGAGUCGACAACAAGCUGCUCGCUCGUCAGAAGCGCCGUCGGACAAGUCCCGAGGACCACGCGAUUCUCGAAGCCGAAUAUCAACGCAAUCCCAAACCAGACAAGACAGCGCGCGCUAGCAUUGUGAGUCGCGUCUCGUUGGGAGAGAAGGAAGUGCAGAUCUGGUUCCAAAAUCGUCGUCAGAAUGACCGGCGAAAGUCUAAACCCCUCCAGCCACACGAACUUCUCGCACCUCGAUCGGAGGUGUCUAGCCCUCUAAGACAAACUACAAGCGAUGACAACCCCUCUGCGGAGCCAGGAUCAUCGAGUGGGGGAGAACAGUACGAUGGACGGGAACAAGACAGAGAUUUUGCAGAGCUGCCUUUGGAAGAUGGCGUGCCGCAGUCUUCCUAUGAGUCAGUAGAAAGUGGAGACAAGGACGAUACGGCACAGCUCAGUUUGAGCUCGCAGACAAGCCUGUCGUCGCAGUCAAGCGAAAACAGUCAAGAGCUCCAUAGGACCAUUCCGGACACAACGUCGACUCAGCAAGAUAACGACACGCCACUUGAUGACACGCAGCUCUCUGCCAAGAGAAAGCGUUCCAUUUCAGACAUACGCGGAGAUGUCCCAACGACACUUCAGCAGCAGCAGCAAACUCCUAGCGGCCUACAGGUUCUGAAGUCGCCACCAUCCCUACGUCUGUCACUGUCCUUUGACGGAGAGGCAAUGGUACGAAGAGAAGGCGAGUUGACACCCUCUCCCCCGAAAGGGCGCAACUCUCUCCGGAUCGCCAUGUCUUCGGAUGGCAAAGCUGUCAUCCGUACAGAAGAUGAGCCAUCCCCGUCCAAAGGCCGCAUUUCCAUGUUUUCCACAAGGAGCUCCCGAUUCACAGGGUUGCGUAGAAGCAGUAGUGCAGUGGUCCUUGGCACACCUCGGGCUGGCACCAUAGAGAAGGAGAAAGCCUUCGGGAGAUCUCGAGACCCUCGGAACUGGGAAUCAUUUUUCGACACUGACGCAAGAAGCGCUUUGUCAACUCCAGUCAGCUCUCAGAGUGCUCCUAACUCUGCCUCCCCUAACCUCAUGCCUGCCCCUGGUCAGCGUUCAUUGACCCGAAGCUUAUCAGCAAGACACACUAAUCUGUCAACUUCGACCACCAACGAUUACCUCAACACUCCGAUUCCACAGCAUGCUGGUGACAAGCGACGGAAACUCUCGCGUACAGUCUCCUCUCUAGGCCGACUUGAGUCUGGUCAUGGCAAUCUCAACAGAACACCAUCGGGCACAUAUAAGAUUUCCAAACUCCGUGAUACCAUGAAAGACAAGGAUGAUUUGGAUAUCGAAUGCGGCGACUCGGACAAAGAGAACUGGAUUCCUGGGACCCGAGUCUCACAUGUUCGGCGGCGAGCCGCCUCCCAUCAUCAGUCUCAGCGCCCGGUGCUCAAAGAAGCCAAUGGACGAGAUGGCAGGAUAAACAGGGGUCCAGGCAGACGUUCCCGAAUUCCUCAACCAUCGCAUCGCAAAAGCAUCAAGUCCAUGCCAGAGCUUGAUGCGGGUGUUUCAGCUUUCAUGGCAGGCGGAGGAGUUGCAAGCCAAGAAGAAGACCUUGACUGUGUUCAAGGUCUAUUAUCCUUGAGCCAAGGCGCUUGGAGGUAG